ACGGUAAACUUCCGGUGACGGCGGCGGACCGCAGAGACCGGGAGCAGCGAGACACCAGGGACGGGAACAAGGCACCGGCGGUGGCCGAUCGCAAGUACCACGAAACACCGAGCCAAGGCAGCCAGGGCAGCCGGGCCACUGGCGGCAGCCACUCGCCGCCAUGAUGGAAAUAGUGUAUGUCUACACUAAAAUGCGUAGUGAAUUUGGUCGGCAAUGCAACUUUUCUGAUCGGCCUGCAGAACUGCACGUUGACAUUAUUCCAGAUCCAGCGUUAGCAGAUCACUUCAUAGAGAAAAAUCCAGUCGAUGUGACUGUCCAAUUUUCAUAUGACAUGUCGGAACAUGAGGUAAACACCGAGCAUAUUUCAACAGAAAUACGUGGGGUUAACCACUUGGAGGGCGGCUGGCCAAAAGAUAUAAACCCAAAUGAUCUUGAACAUACAAUGCGUUUCCGCAAGAAAGUGGAAAAGGAUGAAAAUUAUAUCUUCACACUCAUGCAGCUGGGCAGUUUAAUGGAGCACUGUAUUAAACAAAACAAUGCGAUCAAUAUUUAUGAAGAGUACUUUGAAGAUAAUGAGGAAUCUAUAGGAAUAAUUGAUGAGCCCCCUAACGCAAAAACCAUAAAUGUUUUCAGUGAUCCUAACGCCAUUAAACGGACGGUAUCUCACCUCUCGUGGCACCCAGAUCAAGGGAGGAAACUGGCAAUUUCCUACUGCUGCUUGGAGUUUCAAAAAGUUUCCAUUGAUACCAAUACUGAAUCGUACAUCUGGGACAUAGAAAAUCCAAAUAAGCACGACCUAGCAUUAAAACCAGCGAGUCCUCUUAUUUGUCUGGAGUAUAACCCCAAAGAUUCACACAUUCUGGCUGGAGGCUGUUACAGUGGGCAGAUUGGGUACUGGGAUACACGAAAGGGAGGCCAAGCAGUCGAAAUGCCAGCAAUUGAACUUGGACAUCGAGAUCCAGUAUAUAAAAUAAUUUGGUUACAGUCUAAAACAGGAACAGAUUGCUUUUCUACUUCUACCGAUGGACAGGUACUGUGGUGGGAUAUCCGUAAAAUGACCGAACCAGUGGAAAGACUCAUCCUGGAUGUGACAAAAAAAGAUAAUCCAGAUAUUGCGUAUGGAGGCGUCUCUCUGGAGUUUGAAACCACAAUGCCAACCAAGUUUAUGGUGGGGACUGAACAAGGUGCGGUGAUAUUGGGGAAUCGAAAGGGAAAAUCGCCCGCCGAGAAGAUAGUGGCCUCCUUCACUGGUCAUCAUGGUCCUGUCUAUGCAGUGCAGAGAAAUCCUUUCUACACAAAGAACUUCCUGACCAUUGGGGACUGGACGGCCAGAAUCUGGUCUGAGGAUAUCAGGGAAUCCUCCAUCAUCUGGACUAAAUAUCAUAUGUGUAACCUGACAGACGGAUGUUGGAGCCCCAUAAGGCCAACUGUCUUCUUCACAAGCAAAAUGGAUGGUACUGUUGAUGCCUGGGAUUUAUCAUUUAAGCACAGCGAGGCUACACUCAGCGUUAAGGUGUGCGAUGACCCUCUGCACAGUUUGCGUAUCCAAGACAACGGACAAUUCCUUGCCUGUGGUUCUCAGGAGGGUACAACAACCUUGCUCGAGUUUUCAUCCAGCUUUUAUGCUUACCUGAAGCAAGAAAGAACAGUUGCAAAUGCCAUGUUUGAGCGGGAGACAAAGCGGGAGAAGAUUCUCGAAUCGCGCCAGCGUGAGAUGCGGGCGAAGGAACGGGCUAAGUCUGAGCAGGAGAAGGUGGUGGACCAAGCAGAGGAUGAGGAGGACACCAUCGAAUACAAAAUCGCCAACGCUGAGAAAAUGUUCUUCGAAACUAUUGAACAAGAAAAAGACAGGUUUGAAUUGGAAAAAAUGGAUGACAGCAAGGAUUCGUGGUCUGAAGAUGAGGAUGAAGAUGAGGAUGAUGAUGAGAUGGAUGACUUUUGAUCUGAAAAUGCAAGCGGUUCACAGUACCAGUCGUCUGCAGUAGAUGUGUUUCCUUGUUACUGGAACACCAGCGACCACAAUCUCACAACUUGGAUAUUAGUUUUGCUCCCUAAAUAUUAUAUGUACCUAUUUUCAUAUUAUGAGAAUGUAUUCAAAAUAUUGUUUGUGCAGUUAUUUUUAAAUAAAGGAUUCACUCUGUA